CCAAGAUCUUCUGUUCUACUAGAUGGAUUGAAGUAGCCAUACAGGACACGCGCAUGCCGUUUUAAUUCUCCGUACAAACCAACGCGCGAUCUGCAAAGCCGUAGGUGAUCGUCUCCUUUCCUUGGUCCAACCCGGCCGGCCGCACCAUGUCCACGUCCGUGAUCUUGUCGGCCAUGCGCGGCGCCGGCCGCCAGCAGAUCACCGCCUCCACCGUCCGCGCGAAGCAGGCAUCCGGCUCCCACGUCUUCAGGAUCGAGGAGUUCACACGAGCAAGGGAGAAGCUGGCCAAUGGCAUCGCCGUCAUGUCAAGCCCGUUCGGCGCUGGCGGCCACGACUGGUUCAUCAAGUGCUACCCGAACGGCGUUCCGGGAGGGGCGGGGAACCAUAUCUCGCUCUUCCUCAUGCACGACAGCCACGCCAAGACCGGCGAUGCCACGGCGGCUUACAAGAUGAGCAUACUCGACAAGGCCCUGAAACCAUCGUGCACUAAAUUCGAACAUGAGCGCCACUUCAGGGGUGAUGGAUGGGGCUGGACAGAGUUCAUGGGGCUCCAAGAUCUGGACAGGGACAAGUACCUUGUGGAAGACUGUCUGUCCAUCCUCUGCGACGUCACCACCACCGACGGGCUGCGUGCUGCGGCGGAGCCGCCGUUCGACUUGCGCGGCUUGCAACUCGCGGAGGCCAUCUGGAACAGGGAGACAGCGGACGUGACGAUCCACCUCGGGGACGGAGAGACGAUCGCGGCGCACCGGUGGGUGCUCGAGGCCCGGUCACCCGUCCUCAAGGCGGAUCUGGCCUUCGCCUCGAACACCACCGCUGACCAUCUGCGCCUGUUCGUGAACGACAUGGACGCCGACGUGUGCAAGUCGCUGCUCCGGUUCAUCUACACCGACUCACCGCCGCCGGAGCUCGAGACGGCGCCGCCAAAGAACGUGGAGCGGCUGCUCGCCGCAGCGGACAGGUUUCAGCUGGAAAAACUGAAGCUCCUCUGCGUGGAGGCACUGUGCAAGAAAAUCGACGCCAGCUCCGUGGCGGCCGCCCUGGCGCUGGCCGAGCGGCACGGCUGCCCGACGCUGAGGGAGGCGUGCGCGCAGUUCCUCGUGAAGAACACGACGACACAUGAGCAACCAAUUAGUACCAGUGUAUUUUGAAUUUACCAGACUGCUAGCUACUUCCUUCCGUUCCUAGUAUAUGUCUUUUUAGAGAUUUCAAUAUAGACUGCAUAUGGACAACAUUAUGUUCCGGCAAUGCCUCAAUGUGCACACCACUAGCGUCGUGUGGCAUCAUGCGCUUCUUGCAUUAUU